GAUCAAUUCACAGAGACCCGGCGACACUGGAAAUUUCCAUUUUGAUCGGUUAACACUUUUUUUAACUCGAAAAUCUGGAAUCGCAGUUCACUUGCAGUGCAUCAUAUUAUAGUUUUUUAGAAUGUGUGAUACAACUACAAAGUGCGCCUUACCGUGGAAAGCGUAAUUGAUACCUAAGCUGAAAAGAAAGGAUUUUUUUUGGAUCAGCUGUGCUAAUGGAAUUUCGACUUGGCGUAUUACUUAUCAUCGCAACGUUGUAUGCGGUGCUUAACGGGAGAGUGCAAUGUCAGAAUUACUACAAAAUUCUUGGAGUAAAGCCCACUGCUUCAGCAGGGGAGAUAAAACGAGCUUUCAGAGAUCUCGCUUUGCAACAUCAUCCGGAUAAAAGAAAGCAUUCAACGGACGCCGAAACUUUCAUCCAGAUAAGAAAAGCGUACGAAGUUUUGGGGAACGUAAAGAAGCGACAGCAAUACGAUGCAAAACUUAAAUUCCAGUCGGCCACGUUCAAUUUCGACAACAUCUUUGCUCGACAUAAGCCAAAAACGUCCUCAUCCAAACACGAACAUACGGAUGGUGAACCGGAUUUUUUUGGAUCGGAUUUCCAGUUUGCCGAUAUUUUUAACAUGAUCAUGGAUACAGUUAAGCAGCAGUCGUUUUCACAUCAACGAUCAGAAGAACCGAACCGGAAGAACCAGGACACGAAAAAGGACAGCGAAUUAGUCCGCUUUAUCAUACGAAACGUCGUCAAAGCUUUUGCGCACUGGAAUUCGCCUGAGGGCGACAGUGACACAUAUAGUAAUCCUGAAAACCCGAAUUCAAAUCAACAUCAAUCCCCUUCGCUCAUUAGCCGGCUUUUCGGAGUUAUUCGCGCCUGUGACUUCUCCGGAAACCGCCUGCCGAUUUGGACUUGUGCCAAAGGUUUCAUGAAUCUCUUUGCGUAAAAUUCGAAUACGUUCUUUCGCUAUGGCCCUUUCUGAUUGAUGUUCUGUGAUAAUGGUCAUUCUAGCCAUCGCACUGCUAGAUGUUCGACAUGUGAGUUCCUGCACAUUAUUCUGUAUAAACUGCAGAUAUGAUUGUAAUUUAACCUUAAUUGUAACUUUUAAGCUCUAGCUCAGUACGUAAGCUCACUGCAAAGAACUGAGCAAUAUCAAAUCCAGUAUAAAGAAAUCGGUAUAUCAAGAGCUCACAAUGGUCGAUGCGUACCGUAUUU